CGGACGCCAUGGCGCACCAACGACGGCCACUCAUAUACUCCAACACGCCAAAGCCACAACAUAUCAAGCGAACGCAGCAGAGCCAGCACUCGGCAGCUGAUUAAACAUUUCAAGAACCAGAUUACAUGCACAUCAUGCUCACGGCCUCGCCGUCGUCACAGGUCAAGGUGCAAUUGCAACGAUGGACGACAUGCCGGAGCAGGGAUGCAUCGUCCACUGCGCUUCUUCCGCCGCCGGUCACAGGACGGCUAUAUGCCGUCGACUCCCGGAGGACGGUCGCCUCCGCUCCUAUUCGGGCUGCGGCUGCCGAGCACACGGAAACGUCUCAUGUGCCACAGCCUCCGCCAUUGUUCACCGACGAGGAGAUGAUGCUCGCCAACUACGUCCCGGUAUUCGUCAUGCUCCCACUGGAGGUGGUGACCGCUGAGAACGAGCUGAAGGACACGGAGGUGCUCCGAGCGCAGCUGCGGCGGCUGUGGGAGGCGGGCGUCGACGGCGUGAUGGCGGACGUGUGGUGGGGCAUCGUGGAGGGAGCCGGGCCGGCGCGGUACGAGUGGCGCGCGUACAGGGAGCUGUUCCGACUGGUGCAGGACGAGGGGCUGAAGCUGCAGGCCAUCAUGUCGUUUCACGCGUGCGGCGGCAACAUCGGCGACGCCGUGAGCAUCCCGAUACCGCGCUGGGUCCGCGAGGUUGGCGAGGACGAACCCGACGUGUUGUACACAAGCUCGAGCGGGACGAGGAACCGGGAGUACCUGACCAUUGGCGUGGACGACGAGCCCCUGUUCCAUGGCAGAACUGCCAUCCAGUUGUACGCUGAUUUCAUGAAGAGCUUCAGAGAGAACAUGGCGGACUUCUUGGACUCGGGCCUGAUCGUGGACAUAGAGGUUGGGCUUGGCCCUGCGGGGGAACUGAGAUACCCGUCCUACCCGGAAAGCCAGGGCUGGAAGUUCCCCGGCAUCGGACAGUUCCAGUGUUACGAUAAGUACCUGGAGGCGGACUUCAAGGCGGCCGCGACGGAGGCCGGGCACCCCGAGUGGGACCUGCCCGGAGACGCUGGGGCGUACAACGACACGCCGGAGGAGACGGGGUUCUUCGCGGCGGAGGGAGGGACCUACCUCACCGAGCAGGGGAGGUUCUUCCUGACGUGGUACUCCGGCAAGCUGAUCGAGCACGGUGACAGGAUCUUGGAUGAAGCCAACAAGACCUUCUUGGGGUGCAAGGUCAAGCUCGCGGCCAAAGUGUCUGGGAUACACUGGUGGUACAGGCAUCCGAGCCACGCCGCGGAGCUCACCGCCGGGUACUACAACCUGGACGGCCGGGACGGCUACCGGCCGAUCGCCCACAUGCUGGCGCGGCACGACGGCGCCAUCCUCAACUUCACCUGCGCGGAGAUGAGGAACUCGGAGCAGAUCGAAGAGGCCAUGAGCGCCCCGGAGCAACUCGUCCAGCAGGUGCUGAGCGCCGGGUGGAGGGAGGGCAUAGAGGUGGCGUGCGAGAACGCGCUCAGCCGGUACGACCGCCGCGGCUACAACCAGAUGCUGCUCAGCGCGCGGCCCAACGGCGUCCACGUCGUCGGAGCGCCGCCGCGCAGGGUCGCGGCGGUGACGUACCUCCGGCUGUCGGACGAGCUCCUGGCAGGCAAGAACUUCCGGAUCUUCAGGACCUUCGUCCGGAAAUUGCACGCCGAUCAGGAAUACUGCCCAGAUCCUGACCGGUACGGCCGGCCCAUCAGGCCCCUGGAGCGGUCAGCGCCGGAGAUACCGAUGGACCGGCUGCGGGAGUCGGCCGCGCCGGCGCCGCCGUUCCCGUUCGACCCGGAGACCGACAUGAGCGUCGGCGGCGGCCUCGCCGAGGCCGUCGACUGGGUAGUCGACAAGAUCGAAUGGCUGUUCAGUUAGAUCAGAUCAGAUCAGAUCGACUGUGUCGCUCGUCGUCAUCAACGUCGGAUCCAUUCCACCACAAAAGCAAAAGCAAGAUGGCCUCUCACGUGACUGACGGAUGCCUAGACGAUAAGCAUCUAAAGCAAUGUACGUCACGUUUUGCUACGAACACCGGAGCAACAGACAUGUGGGCGUUACGAUACUGCUCAGAAUUCAGAAGAACAGAGAUGUGGCUGAGCAG